AUGAUUUAGUACCAGCAGCAGUGUAUUUACAUCGCUAAACAUUCCUACUACACUGCUACUAAAGAUGUCUUGAAUAAACAGAAGCUUAGUUUUUCAUAUCACUUUCUAGCCAUUUCUAAAAUGUCUACAAAAUACCAUAAAAAUUGCACGAAAGACCCAAAUGAACUCGAAGAUCCAACCCGAAAACAGCCCGAUGAACAACCAACCCGAAAAUUGAAGCCAUUAACUACAAAACCUCUAUGCGAUUGCAGCAAUUGCACCUGUAAAGAUUGUCCAGAUGUGUUAAAAACCUUUUCUAUUAAUGUUACUGAAGAUUCCUGCGAUUUUGGUACGAAAAAAGUUGAGCAAAUUGACGAGAGCUCACAUGAAGUGUCCAUAAAAGACUGCCAAAGUUUGCUAGACGUGUUAAAUAACACCCGAAACUGUACAUGUGAAAUCAUUGCCAAAGUAGUGCGAUCAAAUGUUUAUAUACACAGGGGAAAACAUAAAGUUUCUGAUAUCCUAGAUGACACCAACGUAGCAAAUGUAUCCAUUAAACCAGAGGAAUAA